AAUGUUUGCGACAGACGGACCGAGUCAACCUGAAACUGAGAAGAGACUGAUAACAGAUAACAGGGGACCAGGGACUCCCCUGAGGAAGAGAGUCCCCUAAAGAUGGAGGAGGGUGCAGGAAACCCCCACAGCACCGCUGGAUCCAACAAGAUGGAGGAUGUGGUGACCAAAAAACGCAGGAAAAGAAAUAAGGAACGAGGGCGAGGCAGCUCCAGCAGGAAGAACAAAGACAAAGAGAGGAGGAAGAAGAGAAGUCAAGGAAGAAGGAAGAGCGUCUCCAGCGUUAAAGAGGAUGCUGAGUGGAAAAGUGAAGGAGAGAUGGAGGUGGUGGAGACCACAGGCAGCCAGACGGAGGAGAGUGUCCCCGCAGGAGCUGAAGACAGCGUGCAAACUGUGGGAGAACAACGGCACGAAGACGCCAAGAUGGUGCCGGCUCAGACUCAGACGAGGAAACACAAAGGUGCAGAAAAAUACACACAAACUCCAGCUGUUUUUCAGAGCAACAAGGAAACGCAGACAGACGUCUCUGGUGCAAAACGAGGCGACGAAGAGACGAAGAAGAACGAGGCCGAGACGCAGCUGAAGCGAGACAAACGCACUGAGGUCAAAGUGAAGGACGCCGCUCAGACGCCGGUAAAGCAGAACGAACGUCCAGACGACGGCGGAGCGUCUUCGGAUUCAGCCAAGGACCGAAACCCAGAGACAGAGUCCAAGUCCAAAGAGGAGAAUCCAACAGCUGGAGUCUCGGGCGAAGCCGGAAAAGAUGCCAAAGGGAAGUCUUACGCCAAAGCUGUGUCUGAGGGAGGAGGUCAGGAAGCCUCCAGACCUGCAGAUAAAAACUCUCAACCAACACAAAGCUCUCGCGACCGAAGCCCAGUGACAGCUCCGUCUUCUGCUCCCACCUUCACCUUCCACAUCUACGCUGUGCUGGACAAAAAGUUUCGCUUCACCCAAGACCACGACACGCUUCUGCUGUGUUCCGACGGAUGGUUUUUACCCUUUAAGAUGACAUAUUUCGUUGGACUAAAACGUGGAGGGUAUCUGGUAGAAGCAAGUCUUACCGUUGAAGAAAAGGACUUGAGGAGAGGCGAAUGGUGGACUUAUUGGUACGGAGUAAAGCAACGGCACAAAGAGAUUUCAGGAAUUAUCACGAGACACGUUAAAAUUCCAUUCGAUCGCAACAUUAAAGAGGUGCACCUUUACGAAGGAUUCAUCACUCGUGAGGACACAAGUUUUUGGCAAAGUGGCCGUAGCAUGUUCGGCUUCCAGAAAUCAAAAGGUGACGAGGUAUCAGACGCCUGGCAGGCCUCAGCGAGGACUCUGCUGGAAAGAAUCUUCCAGAAGUGGUCCCCGUCAGACAAACAGAGCACCGAGAGCUUGUGUGACAGCUUGACGCAUUUUACGCAGAGUCUCGGUUCUGCACCCACGACGAUGACAUUCCCAGACGGUUCACGUCCUCCCAUGGUCAUAACAUCAGAGCUGAUUGCAGAGUCUUUGGUUCAGAUGUUAAAAGGAGAGCCGAAGGAGAAACUCCCCGGCGGCUGGAGGAGCAGCGGUCCUCUCGCUCAGGGCCUGUCCGUGUUCAUGGUCACCACAAACUGUAGCAUCAACCUUGGGCUGAAAGGCUGGUCUGAGCUGUGUCUCCUGGUGUCCUCAGACACCGUAAUGGACAAGACAAACCUGGACGGGAUGCUCAGUUCUUUCCCACAACUACAAUUCGUCGUGUUGGGUCUGAUGAACCGCUGUGCGCAGCAGAGGGUGUCGGAGCUCGUCCUGCUCGUUCCUCUGCUCUUCAGGCUCAGACAGCCGGGAGGCGACGCAGCGAGACUGGGUCCAGCUGUGGAGGAGGAGAACUGGUCAGGACUUCAAAAGGUCCAAUUCUACGGUUUUAGGGAGAACAUACAGUCCAGCCCUGACAAGAGAAAGAGAGUGCUGAGUUUGAUCGAGACACGCUUACCUUCGGCUAAAGAGACGCCUCUGCUCCUGAUGAGCUGGUCCUCUCUGGUCGCUUUUGAGGAUCUUCCUGAGUUUUCAGACCUGACGGGGAUACCUGCAGAACAGCUGAUCCAGAGUCUGUUUUACAGACUGAGAAAAUGUGGCGAGUCGAGGGACAACAACAGAGCAGAGGAGAAUGCAAAGCACGCUCAGAGAACCCUGACCCACAUACUGCUGCAGGUCGACAGAGAGAAGGACAGAAUGAUGGAAGGUGAACACAUCGAGCCAGCCUUCAUGAGCAGCAUCGAAGUGUUGAACUACACGUGUCCACUCGUGCGACUCGUCCAGUGGUACGAGGCCGCGGUCCUCUCCUACCAGCUGGUGGUGAAACUGGCAGAGAUGUUGGCUGCCAAGCUGAGGAAAGAGUUGUCAGACGGGGACUUUGAGACCGUAAAGCAGAAACUCCUGGAGGAUCUAAAGCCAGCGCAGCAGCGAAUGAGAGAGUGGAGAGAUGAGCUGCUGCAGAAACCUCUCGUGACGCCGUCAAAAUCUCUCAGCUAUCCAAAGGAAAUUGAGAUGUGGGAUGCGCUGCUGAAGGCCGACUGCUCUCUUGAAGAAGUUUCCUCCGGUUGGACGUCGAGCCUGAAAAGAGACCUGAAGAAGAGGAUCUCCCAGGCCAGUGAGGAGGAUAAAGUUCUGAUCUGCUGCCUUCAGUCGUCCUCAGCAGCUAUUAGGAAAAGCGACGCUGUUGUACAGACGUGUUUCGACGAGCUGUGUCAGUCUGCUAUCAAGAACAUCUGCCAGAGAGGGCUGGAGGGAGACCUGAUGAGGAAGAUGAAGGACCCUCCUGAUGUUGUCAUGUCUGCUGUUGUGGUUGAAUCAGCAGCUCGAUUCAGAGACAACUCUGUCGUCCAGCUGCUCGAUCCUCAGUCCGCCAUCAACCACCUGCUGUCCUACAGUGAUUGGACGUCGAUCCGGGUGGAUGACACUGCAGGGCAGGUCGUCCAGAGCUGUCUGUCCGCACUGCAGUCUCUGGUGGACUCUCUGCUGCAGGGACACGUGCCCCUGGGACACCUGCAGACCUGCCUGAAAUAUAAGAAGGAGUUCAAGAGGCUUCAUCAGCAGUACAAGAAAAACACCAAAAGUGAGCCGGUUCCCGUCGAUGCAGACGCUGUUUUGUCUCAGAGAGAGAUGGAUUUAAACUCUUUCAUGCAGCGGAGAGAGAAAAUGGAGACGCUGAUAAAGAUGAUAGCAAAGGUUACAGAAAGCAUCACAGUUCCUGAGAUGUCUGCUCUGGAGAAGCAGCACAGUGCAGAUCUCCAGCGGAUGAGCCUGAGCGAACUGGUGCUGGUUCAGUCCUUUGAUGCUGAGGGGAAGCUGGGGAAGCCGGGCCCCCCCCAUGUCCUCUGGUAUAAAACCAGUAUGGAUGUCCUGAAGAUGUCCGGUGAGAUGCUCAAACUGUAUCACAGCAACCUGAUCUUGUCCCGCUGGGUCGAGGGGGCCGCGUCUUUGGCGUCAAGGAGGCAAAGCGGCUCGUCUCCUCUUCCAGUCAGCCUAACGCAGAUCUGUGAAAACAUCUGGAAGCCGCUGCUGACAGACUUCUGUGAACUCGGCGUCGGCUUCGCGAACGCGAACAUCACUUUCAAGCAGCUGGAUCAGGUUUUGGAGGAUUCUGGCGACCAGGGAGACGGGAAGCUGCUGAAGCGGGAGCUGAGUCUGAUGUCCGAGACGGUUUGCAAGUCAGGACGGUCCAAACCCGAGGAGAGCUGGGUGGAGCGGAGACUGGCUCAGAUCCAGGAGUAUCGACAGCUGCACGAGGCAGCGGCUGCAGCCGGUGCGAUGCUGAAGAUCGCUGAAAAAAUGAAGCUUUCGGGGAACUUCACAGAAAUCGACACUCUGAGCCAGCUGGAAGAAGACACAUUUAAGCAGAGGGUCCUGGGGUCCCUCAGCGACGAGCUGUUUCGUGCCAAAAGACGACUCUCCACCGUCAAAAAGCAGCACACUUACUGCCUGGAGGAGUUUCUAGCCAGCCACACUCUGGUCUGCUGGGUCAAAGAGAACCUGAAAUAUAUGAGCGACGUGAAGGUGUACGUCGACUUAGCUUCCAUAUCUGCCGGAGAGAACGACACGGAGAUCGACCAGGUGGCCUGUUUCCACGACGCGGUGAUGGGCUACGGCCCUCUGCUCUACGCCCUCCCCGAUCACGCCGGCUUUGAGGAGUUCAUGAGUUGUGCUCAGCAGGUGUGGGACACCCAGAACAGAGACGAGAAACUGCCAGACAAAUUGAGAGAGUCGACUCGCUUGCUGAGCUGGCUGAAAGCACUGAAGGAGACCCACGGCUCUGUGGAGCAGUCCUCCCUCUCCCUGGCUUCUUCUAUCAAUGCUCACGGAGUUUAUCACAUCGGAUGGUCUGCUCACAACACGGAGAAGAGAUGUCUACAAAACAUGGUGGCGGUCACAGUGACAAGCGGCUCAGAGGAGAAGCGCUACAAGCUGGAGGACCUGCUGGAGCUGCAGAACAAACUCAUGCUCAUGUCGUCCAAAGGGGAGCACGGCCGAGAGCAAGUCAACAGGUUCACAGAGGUGUUUGAAGGAGUUCAGCGACUGGGCACCAUCCUUCUUCAGAUGCAAACGUCUGGCAACAUGCUGUUCAGGGAUUGGCAUGCUGAGGUCCAGUGCUGCCCACAACAGCAGCCAUGCAUCAAAGCCACCUUCUUAUCCCUGCAGGGUAAAGAGAUGGCGUACGAUGGCGAGGUGACCGAGCGGCUGCAAACGCUGGCUCACUCCAUGGAUAGCUGCCAAGAGGAAUGGCGCUCCUUCAUCGGUGAGAUGCGCUCCAACUUCAACUUGCUGAACCACUACACCUCAGAGCAGAUGGUGUACCUGUGCCACUGGAUACACAAAGUGUGUCACCGGCAGGCACCAGAUCCUCCACAGUUAUGGCUUUUGCUUUUUCCCAUAAAGCCUCAGUGCACGCUAACUGAUGUCAGAGUCGCUUACACUAAUGCAGCAAGUCGGACCUCAAAGCCUGAUGAACCAGAAGAUGUUGAGUCUGACAACGAAGAUCAAUUGGUGUUCGUUUCUUCUUUGGACUUAACGCCAGCUUCACCAGAGCACGCCGAAGAGGACAUGGAAGAGGCUCAUAAUUUGAUGGAGUUUUCUUCAGAGGACGAAGAUGAUGGUGUAACGAAAUGCGAUGAGGAUGGCGCAGAGGGCUCACUACUCGUUGAGGACAGUCUUGAAGAACUGUGGUGUAAAUUCAAGGACGACAUGCCGCAGUACCUCAAUGAGUACUUGGACAUUACGUCUCUGGCCCACUUCCUGUCGUGCCUCUCUGAAACAAACCAUCAGCACAUGAUCAGGAACCUUCCCCCGAUCCUCCAGGAGGGGAGGCCCAAUCUUGUGCUUUGCCCCGAUGUAGAAGUUUUCACCACCGUCCUGUCUUUUUACAUGCAGAAUCCAGAGCAGCCUCUGCCAUCUACUGACGAGGUUCUAGUCUGCAGAGAGGAAACCACAGAGGAGGAGGUGGAGAUCUUUCUCCGCCGAGCUCUCGGCCAAGGCGCCGCUAGAAACUGCCAGAAGAUAUACUCUCUCGUCAAUCCAGGGCUGCUGGGAUAUGAUGUCAGUGUGGCCUCAGGGGAGCUCUUCGAGGGCCUUCAGAGAAGCGGCAACCCGCAUUAUCGCUUGAUCAUAGUUAGUCCGGUUGAGCACCAGCACAGAUAUGUGCCCUCUUACUUUAGCAAUGACAAAGUGCAGGCUGGUGUGAGUCUAACAGCAGAGACUGCUCGGAAAUAUCUACAUCGCCACUUCACACAAAACACAUCCCCACAAAGCACCGUCGCCCAGGUUUCUCCAGAUCAGCUGUCAGUCUGGACGGUGUCAUCUGUACGGCCUGCAGUUGGGAAAUCCCUUUAUGUGGAUCGUUUGUUUGAGAAGUUCCAGUGGAAAUCUCCCAGAGCAAAUCAUAUCAGGAUCAGACUGAUUGAGCCAUGUGUUGAUAUAGACUCUUUGAUUAAGAGUCUAUCGGAGAAACUGGCACCCUUGAGAGAGCAGGACCUUGUCCUCCUGCACAUUGACACCGCUGGAGUUCGUUCAGGUCUGGAUGAGCUCCUGUUCCAUCUGUUAGUUCUGGGCUGUUUGAGCGACAGCCAUGGCAUGCUGUGGAGAAGAAAUGUCGCUCAUUUGACCACCGUUGAAGUCCUGAGAACAAACAAAUCCUCUCAAAACCAACCAAAAGAGAUGAAGCUUGGACUUCUUGAUAUUCUACCUACCAUCAACUGUAGACCUCCAAAAGAGGUGAAGGAGUUGUUGGCCAGUAGUCGGGUGUUGUCAAAACAGACCUUCGAUCCACUCAUGGAUGAGCAGGAGUUUUGCAGUGAGGGGGUUCAAAGACCCUAUCAAUACCUAAAGCUCUACAGCAAAAAUCAGAAUCUGGAUUGUUUUAACUACCAGGAGGGAUCCACAAUGGGGGAUCCCAUCGAUUGUGUCAAUCAAUUUCUGAAAUACUGUGGAAUGCAAGAUCCAUCUUGGGCUGAGCUGAAGAACUUCUCCUGGUUCCUCAAUGUGCAACUGAAAGACUGUGAGAACUCAGUUUUCUGUGAUCCAGAUUAUCUGGCAGACCAGCUGCCUGGUUUCAAGGGAUUCAUUGUGAAGUUCAUGAUUCUAAUGUCACGAGAUUUUGCCUCGCCAUCUCUGAAUACAUCUGAUGAAAGCCGCAAGCUACACAUUGACAACAGUCUGGAGGAUGACCUUCUUGCCCGUCUGACAAUUCGUAAGCAUUGGGAAAAUGAGUCUCAUCCGUACAUUUUCUUUAAUGCAGACCGAUUCUCAAUGUCUUUCCUCGGCUUUAAUGUGAUACGUCAGAGGCAAAACACACUCAAUGCAGUUGAUCCUCGAAGCCACAAGGUCCUGAUAGAAAAUGUGAUGUCACAAAACCUUUUUCAGGGUUUGGAACGGCAAAGGAUCUCUCUCACUGAAAACUUUGAUAAUUUGCCACGUCCUGACAAAAUCAAAAGGAUUUCCUGCGUUGUUGGUGCAAAGAAAGGAAUAACGGACAGAACAUUUGAUCCAGACCGAACAUAUGAGCUCACUGCUGACAAUGUGAUGAAGAUGUUGGCCAUACACAUGAGAUUCCGGUGUGGAAUUCCAGUUGUCAUCAUGGGAGAGACCGGCUGUGGGAAAACCAGAUUAGUCCGUUUCCUGUGUGCUCUGCAGAGGGAAGACAAACCAGUGGAGAACAUGGUACUUGUCAAGGUACAUGGUGGAACAACCGCAGAGAUGAUCUACAGAAAGGUGAGGGAGGCCGAGAUACUUGCCGCAAAGAACCGUAGAAUGCACAAGCUGGACACCAUUUUGUUCUUCGAUGAAGGCAACACCACAGAGGCCAUUUUUGCCAUCAAGGAAAUCCUGUGUGACCAAUCAAUGAAAGGGGAACCCCUGAAAGCAGACAGUGGCUUGAAAAUAAUAGUUGCUUGCAAUCCUUACAGGAAGCACUCACCUGAAAUGGUGAAACGUUUGGAACGUGCUGGUUUAGGAUACAGGGUGAAGGCAGAUGAAACAGAAGACCGCCUCGGCAAAGUCCCUCUGCGACAGCUGGUGUACAGGGUCCAUCCUCUGCCUCCAAGCAUGGCUUCUUUGGUGUGGGACUUUGGUCAGCUGAGUGAUUCAACUGAACUUUCCUACAUCAAACAGAUUGUCCAGAAGCAAGUUGUCAACCAUGGUUUGCCAGAGGUCUGCAAGGACAUCAUUUCAAAUGUACUGGCAGACUCACAGAAAUACAUGCGAAGUCGGAAAAAUGAGUGCAGUUUUGUGAGUCUCAGAGAUGUGGAGAGGUCUAUGAAAGUGCUAGUUUGGUUUUACCAGCAUAGCGAGGUCCUUUUUAAGAACUGCUCUCAUCUCAGUGAGGCUCAUAAAGCACUGAAGUGCUUGAUUCUUUCAGUUGGAGUCUGCUACUACCCAUCUCUGGAAGACAAAGAGCAUUACCUCUCUGUAAUUUGUCAGUACUUCCCAGACCCUCUCUGCUAUCCAAUAGCAUUGCAGGAAGAGAUUUCAUCCUGUCAGGACUUCUUUCUUCAGAACAUUCAGACAAGGGCGACCAUAGCCAAAAAUGUUGCACUCAAAGAGAAUGUGUUUCUCAUGGUGGUUUGCAUUGAGCUCAGGAUCCCACUCUUUCUGGUUGGCAAGCCAGGCAGCUCUAAGUCGCUUGCAAAAACAGUGGUGGCUGAUGCCAUGCAGGGCCAGAACUCCCACUGUGAACUGUUCAAGAAACUCAAGCAAGUUCAUAUGGUUUCCUUCCAGUGCAGUCCUCACUCAAGUCCGGAAGGCAUCAUAGGGACAUUCAAGAACUGUGCCCGUUUCCAGAAGGACAAAAACAUGGACGAGUAUGUAUCUGUGGUGGUGCUUGAUGAGAUAGGACUCGCAGAAGAUUCUCCUCAGAUGCCCCUGAAGACCCUCCAUCCUCUCUUGGAGGAUGGUUGCAUUGACAAUGACAAGCCAGAUCCACACAUGAAAGUCGGCUUUGUUGGCAUUUCCAACUGGGCUCUUGACCCAGCAAAGAUGAACAGAGGAAUAUUUGUGUCGAGAUGGGAUCCGAGUGAGGAUGAACUUGUGGAAACUGCCAAGGGAAUUUGUUCAUCUUCAAACCAAAUUCUCCUGCAAAUCAAACACCUGUUCCCAUCUUUGGCAAAGGCCUUCUUGAGCAUAUGUAAGGAGACCACAAAGAAUCAGUUCUUUGGUCUAAGGGAUUAUUACAGCCUCGUCAAAAUGCUCUUUGCCGUGGUCAAAUCAACGCAACAAGAGCCAGAUGGUGGACACUUGGUAGAGGCCAUCUUGCGUAACUUCAGUGGACAACCAGAGGGUUUUGACCCUGUCAUAUUUUUCCAAGAGGUUCUCCAAAACUUAACGGAAAUUCCCAGACCAAGCACCUUGCAAAUGGUGAAAAAGAAUCUUGACCUUGACGCCAACCAGGAGAGCCGUUACCUCCUUUUGCUGACUACCAACAAUGCAGCUCUCCAUAUCCUUCAGCAACAAAUCUUUGCCAAAGGAGACAAUCCACCGCCUGAAAUAAUCUUUGGCUCGGGAUUCCCAAAGGACCAGGAAUAUGCCCAAAUCUGCCGUAACGUUAACCGGGUGAAAACGUGCAUGGAGACCGGGCGUACUGCCAUCCUCCUCAACAUGCAAAAUCUUUACGAAAGCUUGUACGAUGCCUUGAACCAGUACUAUGUUUACCUCAGUAAGCAGCAGUACGUUGAUCUCGGUCUCGGCUCCCACAGAGUCAAAUGUCGUGUCCAUACAAACUUUAGACUGGUGGUAGUAGAGGACCAGAAGAAAGUAUAUGAGCACUUUCCCAUGCCCCUCAUCAACAGGCUUGAAAAACACAGGGUGGAUAGGAGUACCGACCUGGAACCGUGGCAGCACAGGGUUCUCCACAAACUGAAGGAGUGGGUAGAGGAAUUCUUAGGUGAGGCCUCAGCAGAUUUCAAACAAUCUGACAUUUUUGUCGGCUACCAUGGCGAUGCCUGUGCCAGCGCUCUCUUACAAGCACUGGAAAGGAGAGCACAAAAAGUUGAAGCCGGUGCAGUAAGACAACAGCAACAGAAUGAAAAAGAUGACUCACUGGAAGAAGAUGAACCAAACAAAAUACUUGAGUCAAAUUCCAACGAACAGAAAGAGGUAGCUGAUGAAGAGGACGAUCAGUUGGGUGAUGCGAUAGACACAGAGAUUGAUGGAAAAGAACAUAUGUCAAUGGACAUAUGUGACGAGAACAAAGUGAUGUCCGAGAGCGAAGAAUUGAUGGAGACGGAAGUUGCUGCUGGUGAAAACGAGGAAGAAGAGAUCUUUGAUUUAGCAAAAUGUCUCCUAUUGAACUGUGCCACCCCUGACGCUGUUGUGAGGCUCAAGUAUUCAGAUUUCGCAAACCAAGAGAAGGAGAAACUCCAGAGAAUGUAUUUCCAGCAUCAGCAUCACCAUUCCCUCCGAAAUUUCCUGGAAGAUUGCCUGAACAAGCAUCAGGGGUCCAGCAAGUUUCUAGAGAUAACUACAUUCUCAAGCUUGCUAACCAGAUCGGAUGUCAGGGUUGUUGCCCCUGCUCUAGGACUGCAUAAGGAGAGGAUCCUCCUUCUCUCGCUCCACCAGUUUGACACUGAGGUCUCCUUCUGCAACAAGAUAAGGGGCUUCCUUCAAGAUGCUGGCCCCUCUCUUCGCAUCCUGUUAAUCCAGAUGGACCUCGAGGAAUCCCACUGCAGUGAUGAGCUCAUAGCAUCAGCAAAAUAUUGCACCAUGAACUACUUGAUGUCACUGGAGGAUCAGACCUGUUGGGUGAUUUUCAUUGUGAAGGUUUCUAGGUUCACAAGCAAAUCUCAGUACAUCGGUUUCCAAGGAGGAAUCUGGCACUCCGUGCACAUUGAUGACCUGAGGGAUUCAGAGGACAUGAGCCUGAACCUCUUGGUUUUCUGUGGAACUCUCAUCAGCAACCUACUCCACCCUGCACUGUCAGGACACCAUGACGAUGAAGAAACUGCAAGGACAAGUAGAGACUCUCAGGGAGAUAGAGCCCACCUCCACAGCCUUGCCUUAGUGACAUCAUGUAUCCAAAAAGCUGUGGGUUUGCUGAGGGACCCCGAUGGCGUGACAUCGCGAAGCAUGCAGCGGGUGCACAUCCUUCUGACUCUUCUGGGAGCUGGUCAAGUGCAAACAGGAGCUCACUUUCAGGAGGUGUUGUUGAGUAGACUGGCCGAGGCUUUGAAACAGACAGAAGAAAUGAUGGGCUCUCCUAAGGAGUGGGUGAGCAAAGAAGCCAUGAAACGCCAGGCUCUGCAGGAGGGGGGAACUCUGAGAUACACCCUGUGGCGCCGUCUUCAGUCCAUCGUGACUCCAAUCUUGGCCAACAUGUUGGAAGUUAUGGACAGGUUUGCAAACCUGGACCUGCUGUCUGAUGACAGACUCAGCCAGGGCCUGAUAAAGCUGUGGUUGGACAUCCUGUCAGAUUCACAGAUUUUAGGCCUAACACCUCUUCAAAACUCAAGUGAGUCAGACCAGGAGGUGCCGGUGCAUCACUACUUCAUGCUGGAUGGUGAAGAACGAUCCUGCGCUGCUCCGUUCAGCUGGCUCGUCAGGAUUCACCUUGAAGGCUUGUGGGAAGAAUCAGAAUUCAUGCCAGUAACAACAGAGGAUGGCACAGGGAGGAUUCUGCAGUUUGUGAGCACCUUCUCCAGUAGCCAGCUGGGCGGUCACUUACAGAACCUCUCUGACGAGGAUCGAUGGGAGUACGGACAGCUCUACCUCCAAGACUUCCUGCUGCUCUCUCUGAAGAUCAAGUCAAAUGACGAGCUGAGGGUGUUCUCCAGGGCCAUGUUGGGCUGCGUGUCCGACCUCCAGACCUCCGUGGGUGUCGCCGCGGAGCUCUCGCCUGCUUGGAUAAUGGCUGCUGCCAAACACUUUGCCCCCCGACUGGAUUCUCUCAGCCACAUGUUUCUGCUGCAGCCCCAGCUAGCCACCGAUGUCGCUCAGCAGGGGUCGAAUAGGGAGCCCCGAGAAAUGGUGGAGGACAUUGGAGCGCUUGGUGUCUGUGUUGAACAGACCAAACUGCUGACCGUGACGUCGCUGCAGGAGUGCGAGUCCUUCGUGAGCAGAGUGGAGUUUCUGCAGCCGUGUCUGGACCGAGUGUUUGGUCAGAAAUACAGAACCCUCUGCAGCGCCGGCUGUCUGCAGCAUCUGGACUCCAUCAGGUCGCUGUGGCACGGGAUGCUGGUUGUUGCAUCUUUCAUCCAGCACGUCAUCUUCAGAGUGAAACAGAAAGACUCAAGGUUGAGAGAACUGGCUCUGAAACACUGCAACCUUCACCUGAGCCUGAUGCAGGAGUCCCCUGAUGUGAGGAGCGUGGACACACUACAGCAGCUGAUCCGGAUCCUCAAUUCUUUUCAUGAUGAGAGUAUCGGCCGAGAUCUGAGGUUGGGCAUUUCCUGCCCGGUUUGCCUGUCGGGGUUAACAGAUCCGGCCGUCCUGCCCUGCCAGCACGUCUUCUGUUUGCUGUGUCUCCAACGCUGCAUUCAGGAGCAAAGACGUUGUCCUAAAUGCAGGACAGGCCUGCCACCCGACUUCACGCCGACUGUUUCUCCCACCGUCAAGGCGGCGCUUCAGAAGCAAGCAGUGGUCAGGGACUGCUGUAACUCCUACUUCCUGGAGGUGGUGUCCAGGUUCUGUCUCUCAGAGGGACAGACGCCCGGAGACGGAGUGGUGGAGCUGCUCUUCUCCCUGCUCGUCUCCGCUAACGGAGACGUGUACAGGACCAGAGAGCUCACUCCCUUCCUGGAGUGUGUGGAUAACAGUCCAGUGGUGCGAUCCGUGCUGCCAAAACUGCUGCUGCAGCACAGUUUUGAGCAGGUGAAGACUCACAUUCAGACCUACCUGAAGAACCUGGAGGAGAAUCUUCUGACCAGAGAAGACCGCACUGAACUCUACCUGCUGUUUGUCAACUGCUUCCAGGACUCUCUGUUGUGCUCAGAAGCGAGAGGAGCGGAACAGAGCGGAGGUCAGCAGAGACGAGCGGAGACAGUGUUCCUGAGCAGCGUCGCCAGUAAACAGACUCCAGACAGACAACAGGACCCAGCAGAGUUCCUGCUCAACGUCGCCAGACUGAGACUGUGUCUGAGCUCUGCUGCCCGGCUGCUGCAGGAGGCCGCGGCUCAAGGCAGACCUGCAGGCGUGGAGGCUCAGUACCUGCAGCAGGUGAAGGCGGUGUGUGAGAGCCGUGCUAACGACUGGCACAGGGUUUACCUGCUGCGAGCCCUCCACAGGCUCUCAGGUGUGGACUGCAUUCUGUCCAUGAUGAACAACCCGGCCUGGAGAUGGCUGUUCCCUCCAGACCUGCUUCGACUUCAGAGGAUCAUUCCAACUCACGUGGACCAGUUCCUCUGCUGCGGGGCGCCGUACCGAGCCAUGAGAGACGCUGUGGGCCACGUUCUGCUGGAGAACAGAUCGGACUCCUUCAUGACACAAAUAUGGAAGCUGAGCGGUUCUCAGAUCAGUCUGCUGGGCCUGGCCUUAUUCAGACAGGUCACCUGUCGCUACAAAUCACCUGACGUCAGCAUGCUUCCCUCCCCUCAGGAGCUGGCGAAGCUGGAGGAGCUCCUGAAGAAGGUCAAGUCGGUGGAGUUCAGGGAGUUCUGCACUGCGCUUCUGUCAAAUCACAUCGGCGGACCGCGCUCGUGUCUCCGCAUCGACGCGCAUCUUUCUGCCCAGAGACAAACCGUCCUGGAGCUGCUGGUCCACCUGGACUCUGUGCUCCUCAGUGGAAACCCUCUGCUGGUUCCUCUUCAUCAGAUCGCCUCCCAGCCUCAGAAUGUUACAAACUCCUUCCUGCCAACCAUGCCCGAUGAUCACAUGAGUGAAGUCAGACAGUGGUUGACGAAAGAACAAAGGGUACAGCUGUACUCCUGCGCUAAUGGACAUCCCUACGUUGUGACAGAGUGUGGCAGACCGGUGGUUAAAGAAAAAUGCCAAGUGUGUGGAGUCCCAAUUGGUGGGGUGAAUCACAACCCAGUAACAGGAUUUACUCCAAUACAAAGUGUCAGGGAUCAAACGCGGACAGGACACAUCUUAGGAGACGCUGACCAGAGGUCUGAAGCCCCAGAGAGACAGAUGACGUACGCUAAGUCCUGCAUCCUGCGGCUGCUCACACACCUCGCCAUGCUUCAGGGCGCAAUGACUAAUGACAGAGGAGUUGGUGACAUGAUCCACCCGAGGCCCCAUGCCGUCCUCAACUUCCUGUGGAGACACCUUGAAAAGGACCUGCGUGUGCUGGGCCAGGCGCUGGAUCAGAACACGGACAACACAGCGGUUACCCUUCAUCUGAUUCUCAAUACAUGCGCAGAGUCUCCAGGUUCCCGCGGAGCGAAUCAGGAUCUGUCCUCCAAACAAGGACGGCAGCGCUGGGAGAAGCUCGUCUGUGAUUCUGCCAUCAACCCAGUACUUCAACGUUUGCAGAAGAAUCUGGCCGAAGCUCAGGACAGAAUCGGUGGUGACGACGGACUUGCUGGAAGUCCCCUGAUGACUCUCCUCUUCAGCGAUCCGGGGACCAUGUUGUCCCUCCCCUCCGACUGCCCGACACAUCGCUCCUCCUUCUGGACUCUGCCGGAGUUGAUGACGGUGGAGCGCUUCACUCAGCUGGUGGGAGAAGCACAGGGACGCAGCUCCUUACCCCUGCUGAGCCUGUUCCUCAAGAAGAUUCGCUGUGUGAGGCGGCUCCGUCACUUACCUGAGCUGGCUGCGUUACAGUCCGACCUGCUGAGGGCCUUUCCUCUGACCUCACACUCUGCAGAUCAGACCGUUGCUCAGAUGUUACAGAGGAUACCUGCAGGAUACCAGAAGAAGAUGCUGCUGGAGAGAGUGGAGACGUUCAUGGAGGUGUGGAACAGCCUCAGAGCCGAGGUGGCCAACAGCUCAGCAGACUCGAGUGUGGAUGUGAACCUGACAGCCGAGAGCUCUGCCGAGCUUCUGACUCCGUCCCGACACGGACCGGGGUCGUGUCUCCGGACUCUGGUGGACUUCCUGUCGGAGACUCACAACAGCCUGGUGAGAGCGAGCCGCCAAGAGGACAGUGAAUACAGUGUUCCUCUAGAGAGUGUCUCAGAAACCCAGCUGACUCUGUGCAGCCCAGAAAGAGAGCUGCUGCCUCUGGUUUUAUCCCACUGCCACUACACCUUGAAGAAAGGCGGGGAGACGGACAGAAACUACGACCUGCUGGGCAUCCAGACCCAGCUGGCCCGCCGCUUCCUGGCCGGGAAACCGCUCAUCCAAGCGGACACCUCGAGGUACUUGAACAGACACCUGCAGGACUUCUCUGUGGUUCUUAAUGAGGUCCGGGACAAGAUCCAUCAGGAACCGCUGAAGGGUUCGGUGAGCAGCGCCAUGAGGACGGUGCUGCGCUCGUACACGGAGGUCUGUGGUGCCGUGUAUGUGGUGAAGAUCGGCCUUCGCUUUCUCGGAAAGACGGGCGGAGAUCCGAGAGGUCAACUGCUGUCCUACCUCGCUGAUUCGCUGCAGAUGGAAACACAGAUUUCCAGCACUGUAGCCAAGGGUCUGGGGGAGAGCAGACUUGAACACAGCGUAUUCACCUGGCAGCUCCUGACUUCUUGGAAAUCUGAGCUCAUGCUGAACAGAAAUCAAGACCCGUUUCGGACGCUUCCCCCCGAGUUCCAGCAGAAGCUGUCUGAGGAAGAGUGGAAGGAGCUGAAGGUUUUCUUCGCCGGCACAGAUGUUGACACUUUCUCUUUGGAGCUGCAUGAAAUUCUGCUGCUGAAGACGAGCAAUGCCGUGCCGGAGCAGGGUUACCGCCCACACUGGGACAUGAGGUCCACCUUAGAGGUCCAUUUGGAGCAGAAAAACCUUCCAGUGCUGCUGGGGCUCGAGCUUCUACCAGAGGACAUCAGGCUGGGACACGGGGCCGACGUGUGGAGGGCUGCUGUGGAGUUUAAAAGAAGCUAAAUUAUUUCUACGGACUUAUUUCUGAUAUUGUUGUUAUUGUUGUUGGGAGAUCUUGUUGUUGGGAUAUCUGGAUAUUGAAUGUAAUUCAUUCCAUAUGAUAGGGCAUGUUCUGAUUAAAUCGUUCUGUAUAUGUUGAGAUGUCUGAAAGUGACCAGGGUAUAGUGCAAAUCAAUGCAUUUGAAGCAGGCCUAUUAUAUUCCUUAUCUUACAUGUUGAUUCUGUUAAUGAGGAGUCUGGGAACAAAUAAUAAAAUCACUAUAAAUAAA